AUGAACAGCUUCCCUUCACCGAGCCUUGAAGAGGAGCAAAGUUUGGACCCUGCCAAAACCGGAGAUCGAACUGACGAGACAACGCCGCUGCUUGAGCAGGAUGUUCCCAAGAUCUCGAAGGUGGUAGAGCCCUGGAGACCCGGUCCCGGGUUUAUUUGGAUCGAGGUCGCCAUCUUCUCAAAUGUCUUCCUCUCUGGGUUCGAUGGGACCAUCACGGCCUCGACAUAUGCAGUAAUUGGAUCCGAAUUCAAUGCUGCCAACACAAUUUCGUGGUUGACCACUUCCUAUCUCAUUACGAGCACGGCCUUUCAACCACUUUACGGUCGAUUCUCGGACAUCUUGGGGAGGAGAACAUGCUUUUUCACCGCGACCAUCACAUUCUUGCUGGGAUGCCUGGGUUGUGCGGUCGCUCCAGACGUAGUGUCCCUCAAUAUCGCGCGAGCCCUCACCGGCCUUGGAGGAGGUGGGCUGAUGACAAUGGCUACCAUCAUCAACUCAGACAUGAUUCCCUUCAAGGAGAGAGGGUUGUAUCAAGCAUGUCAAAACGUACUUCAUGGAUUCGGUUCGAUUUGUGGAGCAUCGUUGGGCGGUUUCAUAGCCGACAGUAUUGGCUGGCGGUGGUGCUUCUUGUGUCAAGUCCCGAUAUCGAUCUUUGCCUUGGUGGUUGGCUACUUUGUUCUGGAAAGAGACAUCCACGAAAAGCAAGCAUUGGAUCGAUCUGUCGAUGAAGAAGGGGUUUCCUUAGGAAAGCGACGGGGGGGGUCCAAGUGGGAGCAAAUCGAUCUCACCGGAUCCAUUCUGCUGGUGCUAGGUCUCUCAGCACAACUUGCAGCGAUGAGCAUGGGUGGAAACAACUAUUCCUGGGCGGAUUUUCGAGUCAUUGCGGCAGUCGUCAUCAGCGUCAUCUUGCUCCUGGCUUUCGUGAGGGUUGAACUGCGGACGAGAGCCAUCCCCAUCAUGCCCAUGUCGAUGCUAAGGGGAACCCUGGCAGUGUCCAAUCUCAUCAGCAACGUCUGCGUGGGCAUGGUGGCAUACUCUUUUCUGUUCAUCAUUCCAUUGUUCUUCCAGGUCAUUCUUCAUGACACCCCCUCUCAUGCUGGACUGCGACUAGUAUUGCCAUCACUUGCAACCCCAGUGGGCGGACUGUUGGCAGGUAUUAUCAUGUCCCGUUGGGGUCGUCUCAGUGAGCUUGUUCGGCUGGGUUCUUUUUUCAUGAUGCUCGGAAACGGGCUCAUGGCGUCCCUCAAGUACGAAGAUGAUGCCUGGAAAUACCUGGUCUACCUAUUCCCAGCCAAUUUCGGUCAAGGAAUGGCAUACCCGGCGAUCUUGUUUACCUUCCUGGCAGCAUUUGAUCACAGCCAACAAGCCGUCUCCACGUCGAUUGUCUACCUAUUCCGGUCUAUGGGAACAGUUUGGGGAGUGGCUGCGUCCUCGACUCUGCUGCAAAAUAUUUUAGCGAGGGAGCUACCCUCUGCCCUCGCCGGAGUUCCGGAUAAGGACCGUAUCAUUGACGAAAUCCGCCAUUCCGUGUCGGUAUUACACACGUUACCUGAUAGCGUGCAGUCGAGUGCUCGGCACGUCUACUACGAGGCACUGAAAUAUUGUUUUUGGGCAAAUACCGCGGUGGCAGCCAUUGCUCUCGUGUCAGCGAUUUUUGCCCGAGGGAAAGGUCUUGAUCGUGAUUAG